AUCUCUCAAAAAUAUAUUUGGUUUAAAUAUUUUAUUUGAAUUCAUUAAAUUUAUUACCCAGGUUAUUCUUUGCUAUUUUUAAAAGGCUCUAAGCAUGUCUUCUAUACAUAUGUGUUAAAUUGAUGUACUGUUGAUAUAUUUUUACUGUUGUAACAGGAAAAGCAUUCUGACUUCUUUUAAAAUGAGCAAUCAUAUGUAUAAUCAACUUGGUUAAAACUUCCUUCCUGGUAAGUGCAGCACUUCCUUUGCAUCUGGAUAUGAGGCUGAGCAAGAAAAGCAGAACAGCUUAAACAAAGAAAUUUUUUGUGUGAAUGAUCUUCCUUUAAAAAAAUAGGAACUACAAAAAUUAAACAAAUGAAUCAUCUUCAGCAAUUCAGCCUUUGUUUUAUAAGCAGAUUUGUUCUGGCAUGGAGUUGGGGGAUCAUGAACAGCCCGUUGUUAUGAGAGAGGAAAACAAACGAAGGAGAAGAAGAAUGAAACCUCAUUGUACAUCGAGUAGUUUUUCAUCAAUGGAACUGAUAUCCAUUGAGUUCAUUUUACCUACAAGCAAUAAACAUACUAAAGCACCAGAAAUUAUGUUACUCGAAAUAGCUGGCAACUGUACGGUUGAGCAAAUGAAGGCACAGAUUUGGAUGCGUGCAAUAGAGAUGAGUCAAACCACAGACUUCUACCAUGCAUUCACCCCGGACCAGUUUAUUCUGCAGUAUCAGAAGAAAGGACAAUGGUAUGAAAUUUAUGAUAAACAUCAAGUAUUACAGACACUGGACUGCAUACUGUACUGGAAGGUGUUACAGAAAAAGGUAGGCAAGAUCUAUGUUGUCCAGAAGCAAAAACCAUCAGAAGAAGUUCAGGAAUUUCAGCGGCAACUUAACGAUUUAAUUGGUUAUGAUGUCACUGAUGUAAGCAAUGUGCAUGAUGAUGAACUAGAAUUUACCCGGCGCAGAUUAGUCACUCCACGAAUGAUAGAGGUAGCCUGCAGAGAUCCUAAAUUAUAUGCAAUGCACCCAUGGACUACAUCUAAGCCACUCCCAGAAUAUUUAUUUAAAAAGAUCACUAAUAAUAACAUUUUCAUAAUCAUACAUAGAGGAACAACUAGUCAGAAAAUUAAAGUGUCAAUAGAUGACACUCCAGAUAUGAUUCUCCACAGCUUUUUCACAAAAAUGGCAAAGAAAAAGUCUUUGAUGGACAUUCCUGAAGAUCAUAGUGAACUGGAUUUUGUUCUCAGGAUUUGUGGCAGAGAUGAGUACAUUACUGGAGAGACACCAAUCAAAGAUUUUCACUGGAUAAGACAGUGCCUUAAGAAUGGGGAAGAAAUUCACCUUGUCCUAGACAAUCCCCCUGACCCGAAUGAGGACGAAGUUCAGAAGGAAGAAUGGCCUUUGGUGGAUGACUGUACGGGAGUUACAGGGUAUCAUGAACAAUUGACAGUAGAUGGAAAAGAUCAUGAGAGAGUCUUCACUAUCUCUUUGUGGGAUUGUAAUAGGAAAUUUAGAGUGAAAAUAAUUGGCAUUGAUAUCCCAGUUUUACCAAGAAAUACUGAUCUUACUGUGUUUGUAGAGGCUAACAUUCAACAUGGGCAGCAGCUCCUUUCACAGAGAAGAACUUCAUCAAAGCCUUUUACUGAGGAGGUUCUGUGGAAUAUUUGGUUGGAGUUUGACAUCAAAAUCAAGGAUUUGCCUAAAGGAGCACUUCUGAAUCUUCAGAUAUACUGCGGCAAAGCACAGGGACCAUCUGCAAAGACAAACCUUCAGUCACACGACUCCUCCAACUCUGAUGCAAAAUGCAAAACCCAGCUUCUCUAUUAUGUAAAUCUUUUGUUGAUAGAUCACCGUUUCUUGCUUCGAAGUGGGGAGUAUGUGCUCCACAUGUGGAAAAUUCCAGGUAAAGGGGAAGAACAAGGGAGUAUCAAUGCAGACAAACUCACAUCAGCAACUAACCCAGAUAAAGAAAACUCAAUGGCUGUCUCUAUUGUGCUGGACAGAUAUUGUCACCCAAUUGCCCUUCCCAAGCACAGGAUAUCAUCAGAUCCCCAGGGGGACAGGACCCGAGCUGAAAUGCCCAACCAGCUUCGCAAGCAACUUGAAGAGAUCAUAGCAACUGACCCACUUAAUCCACUUUCUCCUGAGGACAAAGAACUGUUGUGGCACUUUAGAUAUGAGAGCAUAAAGCACCCCAAGGCAUAUCCUAAGCUGCUUAGCUCUGUGAAAUGGGGACAACAAGAAAUAGUGGCCAAAACAUACCAGUUGCUAGCUAAAAAAGAGGCUUGGGAUCAGAGCACUUUAGAUGUUGGACUCACAAUGCAACUUCUGGACUGUAACUUUUCAGACGAAAAUGUCCGAGCAAUGGCAGUUCAAAAACUGGAAAGUUUAGAAGAUGAUGAUGUUCUUCAUUAUCUUUUACAGCUUGUGCAGGCUGUGAAAUUUGAGCCAUAUCAUGACAGCGCAUUAGCCAGAUUUCUGCUAAAACGUGGUUUGAGAAAUAAAAGAAUUGGUCACUUCUUGUUUUGGUUCUUAAGAAGCGAAAUUGCCCAGUCCAUGCACUACCAACAGAGGUUUGCAGUCAUCCUCGAAGCCUAUCUUAGGGGCUGUGGAAAAGCAAUGCUGCAUGAUUUCAUGAAGCAGGUUCAAGUAAUUGAAUUGCUGCAUAAAGUCACAAUGGAGAUUAAAUCGGUUUCUGCAGAAAAGUAUGAUGUUACUUCUCAAGUUAUUGCACAGCUGAGACAAAAGCUUGAAAAAUUACAGGGCAGCAAACUUCCAGAAAGUUUUAGAGUUCCGUAUGAUCCUGGACUAAGAGCAGGAGCACUAGUGAUAGAAAAAUGUAAAGUAAUGGCAUCUAAGAAGAAGCCUCUCUGGCUUGAAUUUAAAUGUGCAGAUCCAACAGCUCUGUCAAAUGAAACCAUAGGCAUCAUCUUCAAACACGGAGAUGACCUCCGUCAGGACAUGCUGAUUUUACAGAUUCUUCGAAUUAUGGAAUCCAUUUGGGAAGCAGAAUCCUUGGACCUCUGUUUGUUGCCAUAUGGUUGCAUUUCUACAGGGAACAAAAUAGGAAUGAUCGAAAUUGUGAAAGAUGCUACAACAAUUGCCAAAAUUCAGCAGAGUACAGUUGGGAACACUGGUGCAUUUAAGGAUGAAAUACUAAACCAGUGGCUCAAGGAGAGAUGUAUGAUUGAAGAGAAGUUUCAGGCAGCUGUGGAAAGAUUUGUUUAUUCUUGUGCUGGAUACUGUGUGGCAACCUUUGUACUUGGAAUAGGAGACAGGCACAAUGACAACAUUAUGAUUACAGAAACAGGUAACCUUUUCCAUAUUGAUUUUGGCCAUAUUCUUGGGAAUUAUAAAAGCUUCCUUGGAAUUAAUAAGGAGAGAGUUCCUUUUGUGCUGACUCCAGAUUUUCUGUAUGUCAUGGGAACUUCCGGAAAGAAGACAAGUCUCCAUUUCCAUAAAUUUCAGGACGUAUGUGUGAAGGCUUAUUUAGCUCUCCGACACCACACAAACCUGCUGAUCAUCCUGUUCUCCAUGAUGCUAAUGACUGGAAUGCCCCAAUUAACCAGCAAAGAAGAUAUUGAAUAUAUCAGGGAUGCACUGACAGUAGGGAAAAGUGAAGAAGAUGCCAAAAAGCAUUUUCUUGAUCAGAUAGAAGUUUGCAGAGAUAAGGGCUGGACUGUGCAGUUUAACUGGUUUUUACAUCUUGUGCUUGGAAUCAAACAAGGAGUAGAAAAGCAUUCUGCUUAAUAUUUUAUGUAAAUUAACUGUGGGUGUGAACAGGAGGUUAGUGAAUCUACUUGUUAUUUAUGAAUUCUGAAUAAAUGAACAGUCAAAAUUGCCUUUACUCUUCUGGCAGCUUAAAUGGAUCUUGUGAAAAGGCAAGGACUUUUGCUCUGCCCCUCCAGGAGAUCUUCCUGCAGAAAAGAUUUUUUUUUUUAAUUUCUAAAGACACUUCAAGUUGCUGGAUUGUUUUAACUAGAUGCUUUGCUAAUGUGGCUUGGAUGUUUUUUUGCUUUCUUUAGCAAUAAUUUCAGAUAAAUAAAAGGAGGAGGUUGAGUAAGAUGAUAGCCUACAAACCCCUUAUGACCUUACCUUAAUUGUUCAUGAGGGUCAAGUCCUUCAAAACCAGAAGAUUUUAUAUAAAAUCUAUGGUUACAGUGAAAUCUCUGUAGGUAAUCCACAUCUGUCUCAGGAUGGUUUACCCACGAGUGUUCUUCACCCACAUCCUUUUCUUUUGUCCCUUCCUCAACAUUUUGUCCUUUCUGGAUUUUUAAUAUGUUGUCAAUAGAAAAGAGCUUUGGCUCGGCCAUGGGAGGAAAUUGCUUUAUUGUUACUGCAACCUCCUGACACAGACAACCAGUCUUGACUGCCAGGAGAACUUCACAGUUAACCUGGAAGUUCCUCAGAUAUGAACAUGAAAUUCUGAAGGUUUAGUUUUGAAAGAUUUUUUACUGUACUUUUUAGUGGGGAAGGUCCGUAUUAUGUUACAGAUUAUAUUCUAACUGUAAAGUUAUUAAAAUUCCACCUGUAUAGCAAAAGCUCUGUAGAAAAAGCAAUGGUACUUCCUUAUCCCUCAGAGAAAACUCCUUAUGUAAUUGACAUUUUACCAAAUAUCUGAGAAACCCAAAGUUAUUUAUUCCUUGGUGAUAUAUUUUCAGGAUAUACCUAGAAGGAAUUAAAUGUAGUCUUUGAAGUUGUGUAUAUUUUGAUAUUUAUUUUUAAAUUCCUGAUGAAACAAUACUACUGAAAAGCUAUUUAUGAAAGAAAAAGAAAUCCUUAUCUUUAAUUUCAAUAUUUAAACUUAAAAGAUGAAAAAAUGGGCAGUGUUAAGUAGAAUUUUAACUUCUCUACUGUAGAUUGCUUGCAAACAAGUCUGCCUAUGGUAGGAAAGGAAAAAACAUACAGCCCGAAUUAGUCUUUGACUUGAAUUAUUAUAGUAUACUUCCUGCUAAUUGAUUUUUACCAAAGAGAUGGCUUACAAUAUUGCUUUUUUGCACUUGUGCCCAUGUAAUUUAUUCCUUCAUUGUAGUGUUACAUGGGCUUUACAUUAUGUAUAAAUGAUUAACUGAAUUUUAAAAUUCUGUUAUCAUUUGCUUUGAUCAUUUCACAGAGCUGUUAUGAUUUUAACUAGUGUUACUACUGAGUGCACUCUUGAAGGAUUUUUAAUAAAUGUACUGUAAUUGGUGUCUCAGUUAUGAGAUGUAGCCAAUCUAUUCUUGAAAUGUAGAUGUUUAAUUGGUUAUUGUGCACAAGUAUUUUUGAUGUAAAUGGUAGACUCCAGUUAAGGAAAUCUCUAAGGUUAAAAUGUAGACUAUUUUGUUAUUCUGUUACAUUAUUAUUCUGUGCAAGAUAGGCUUUAGAUAAUGCUAAAAUAUAAACUAAAUGGUGAAUAUUGUCUGUAAAAUGAUAUUUUUAGAUUUGUAUUUUAUAGAUCUGAAAUAAAAUGGCAUGUUCUAUUCAUUUGAUUAUUAUUCAUGAAUAAGCAGCUUAGCCCAAAAUACCUAUAAAUAUUUUUUAUCCAGUUUCUUAAAGACUUAUCUCAGUAAGAAAUCAUAUUUAAAGUCCCACUCAGAGGAAGUGUUUUAGUUCCGUAUUAAUAAUUCUGUAUGAUGUCAGAUAUCUUAAAUUUUAAUAGUUAUAGUAUUAGAAUUGCAAUUAUUGUAAUUGUUAAAUUUGAAUAGAAUAUUGCCACUUUCUAAGAGCACUUUAUUCAUUCCUGGUAUGUUUUAUGAAGAAAAAUCUGAAGAUUUUAGUAAGUUCCUAGUUCUAAAAAAUAAGAAGAUCUACUGCUAAAUUUAACUCUAGCAUGGGGAAAUAAAUGCUAAUCACAACUUCAAGGGAAAUGGCACUCUUGAAGCAGCCUCCAUUUGCAGGAAAAGGUCUACUAGAGAUCUGUACCCAGAGGAAAGUAGUUUAGUCCUGCACUGAACUUAGGCUGAUGAUUUUUAUCAGCAAUUUACAAUGUGCUAUAUUGAAUUGUGUUUGUUGCAGACACCUAAAACACCUCAAUGCUGAGCAAAUUCCCAGGCCUGUCAUUGCUUUCCUUGCCCAUGCAGCCUGUGCUUGGGCUGCCUGGGCAGUGCUAGGCUGCCUUGUGUCUUCUGGGUGUGGGUGUUUGACUCCUGGGAGAUCAAAAGUAGCUGCCAAAUCUCCUCUUUACCUACGGAGCAAGCUGUGGGCACCAGCAUCUCCUUAUAAAUGGCUAUGCAAUCGUGGCUGAUCACCAGCUGGAUUUUGUGUCCCUCUGGAGACCUCCACCCACCACUGACCUUGUUUUCUGGCAAGCCCUGGCACAAGGAGAAACAAGGCAGAGAUGUGGUUCGAGGCAAUCCAGCCUCAGGGGGCAGAGGAACUGCCUUUCAGGUGAGGAGGAGGUGGGCACAAGGACAUGUCUGCUCAUCCCAGACAGAGCGCAGCUGUCCCGUUCUGCAGCAGCAGCUGCGUUCCCAAGGCCUGGAGAGCUGCAGCUGUAGCACAGAUGCCACUACUGGAGCAGGAGGCUGAACUACAAUUUCCUGAGUCUCACAGUGCAUAAACUCACUGACCCUUUAGAAUAACUGGUUUUUAAGGGUUAUAAACCAGGAAAUGUAAAGUAGUCACUAAUCACUAACCUUUUUCAGAAGCUCUAACACAACACACAGAAAAAGAAAAUUACUAAAUUUUCUAUGUAGGUCUCAAUUAUCAUCACUGUCUCCUGUUAGCCUUAAGAUUAUUUUUUGGAAAUUGUUUUAAGGGUGACUUUUUCUUUGAGGUCUAUCAUAUUUUCUUGGUAGUCUCAUUCACAUUACGACUGCACCUAACAGUGGAAAUUCAAAUCUUUUCUUAGAGUUAGUGCCUCAGACUCAGUUGUGACUUGACAUCUCUUUUUCCCCAACAAGGUCAUUGAGAUGUUGGUUAGCAGUGAGUGUGUCCCCAAGGCUCCAUCCUAAUUAUAUUCCAGGACAGGAAGAGAAGUUGAAAUGGAGCUAAGGUGUACAAUGUGAUUAUAUUUAGAUCUUCAUUGAAUACACUGGUUGCACUUGUUAGAAGAUAGAUUAACCCUAUCAUUAACAGAGUAUUGAGACUUAACAUGUUUAGCAGAUUUUUUUCUAAAAUGUAAUCAAUGAUACAUAAAUACAGGUAUGAACAAAUGACUUCAGAAAAAUAUCAAUGAAAAUUGCAACUGUUGUAUUUUUAUUAUAAACCUUUUUCCUGAGUACCAGCAGCAUUCUGCAAGUCCACGUCCCAAGGUUUAUAUAGAUUUCAGACUCUGUGCUAAUGCCUUUAUAAUGUAGUUUGUGUAAAGUAGUCUUGAAAAUAAAAAAUUAAUAAAAUCUGGGAUACCA